CCGCUUUUGACAUCUCUCAUGAUCCAGCUUCCUGACCAUGGCCGAAGAGCAGAAUCCUGAGACACCCCCGCUCGUUGCCGACGAGAAUGCCGAUACCGAGACUGACGACGAUGGCGACUCGGCCCUUGGAGUGGAUGGCGCGAGUGCCACCACGUCCCUUCGCUCCAGCAUUAUGAGGUACCGUGAAGAGAAUGGCCGGACGUAUCAUGCUUAUAAAGAUGGCGUAUAUGUCUUCCCAAACGACGAGACAGAGAAUGAGCGACAUGAUAUUCAACAUCACUUGUUUAUCCUCACUUUUGACGAUAACCUGCACGCUGCCCCAUUGACCAUGCCGCUUCGCCGCGCGCUUGAUGCCGGAUGUGGUACGGGAAUUUGGGCUAUUGACUUUGCGGAUGAGCAUCCCGAAUGCGCAGUUGUUGGUGUCGAUCUGAGCCCUAUCCAGCCAUCAGCCGUCCCACCUAAUGUCUCGUUUUUGAUCGACGAUCUCGAGGACGUUUGGGAUUACUCGACUAAAUUUGACUUUGUCUUUGCACGCUUCCUCACUGGGUCAAUCCGAGACUGGCCCAAGUUCUUUAAUCAGAGCUUUGAGUUCCUUAACCCGGGUGGUAAGAUCGAAGUCAUGGAUAUCAUCUACCCCCCUCAGUCUGAUGAUGGCACACUCUCCGAAGAGUCGCCGCUCUAUAAGUGGGCAACGUUGCUGGUGCAAACCUUUACCAACAUGCGCUCCCCACUCGACAGCGCGUUGAGAUAUAAGGAGCAGCUGGAAGCAGCUGGUUUUAUCAAUGUCACCGUAGUAAAGCGCAAGUGGCCGAUGAAUCGUUGGCCCAAGGCCCAGAAAUACAAGCAAAUCGGAAUGUGGGCUCAUCAGAAUACCAUGGACGCUUUGGCAGCGAUAAGCCUGGCUAUAUUUACACGUCCCGAGGGGCAAGGAGGCCUCGGUUGGACGAAUGCAGAACUGGAGGUGUUUCUGGCUUCCGUUCGCAAGGAUAUCAAGGAUCAUACCAUCCACUCAUACUGGCCGAUUUGGUCAGUAUACGGUACAAAACCUGAGUGAUGGGUUAUAACGCCGGAGUGCAGGUCGCCUCACUGAGCGGCCCCUGCCAACCGUGAGCAAGGCGGUAGGGACCACCCAUGGACAGUAAAUGCUGCCGUCUUUAUUACUCUCGGU